UCAGACAUCUGCAGUCUGCAAAACAAAGAGGACUUUGGAUGAGAGACUGCACAAGAGUUCAGGCCACCUCCAUAUCAAGUCCUUUGCUUUUCUGUUCAUCUGGAGAAUAAGUUUUUACACUGUAACCCAGCCAUGUGGAACACUCGCAGCCUUCUUUGUGGUUUCCUAUGUAUUGUAGCUUUCAUGCGUACCACUGAAAGUAAAGCCGUGGAUUUUCAUCCAGAUAGUUCCAAAAACAUAACCGAAUCGCUGACUGAAAUAAUUAAGUCAGUUACGUCUCAUCAAGAUGAAAUCGCCAACCUUGAAAGGACACGUAUCAAUUUAUUGGUCUUGUUAGCGCAAGAAUUGCUUGGCGUGCUGAAAGAAUAUCAGGACAAAAGUUAUUUAGAGUUGGUGUCUGUUAGCAAUUGUUCCUUGCCACUGGUACCAAGAAAUGGAGGCUUGGUGUGUGUUUAUCUUGGCAGUGUUUACUAUUGCAAGCCAAUGUGCAAUCAGGGUUUCGACUUCUCCUUCCUGAGACGAAGUCGACUAUAUGAAGAAUGUGGAAAACACACAGAUUUUGCUUGGACAUCUCAGUAUAUUUUUGGUCGAAGGUUGGCAGAAUGCAUAGAAUCUAAAGUUGCUGUAAGUGGGGCUCCCACAGCAUAUUUCAACAAAGAUAGAUGUCAAAAUAUCACCAGCAGUGCCACGGCUGAGCAGGAAUAUAUCAAAACUUUCCUACAGGAACUCAACGAGAAACAAAUUGAUAAAGAACAUAAGGAUGCAUUUGAUUUUGUUGCAUGUGGAAACUAAAUGGGGAAUUAGAAUUGUAUAAUAGAAUAGUGAGCUUAAAGAGGAUACUCACCUUAAAAUUAGCUUUUAGUAUUUACAGAUAGAUAGAGAUAACUUGGAGAUAAAGUAAUUAAUGUUUGAUAGGAAGGGUUGUAAAUAGUCCAGGGGUUGGGCACAUGUAACAUGAAACCUGACCUAAAUUAAGGCCCUGUCUUAAUGUGUUAAAUAACUCCCUACAUUUGAAUUUAUAGAUCUUUAUUUCUGGUUCAGUUUUAAAGUUCCCUUUUAGUAUAAAAACAUUCAUGUCCUGAA